GGCCAAGUGUGGGAAUGAUUUUUGCGACAGCAUGGAUAGAGAAUCGUCAAGGGCCCCUUUUGGUCACUUCCGAAGAGCAAAAACGUGUUGAGAGGAGACCGGUUUAAGAUUUCAAACAGAACCUCCCCAGUGCGCAUGAAAGGACUUGAUUAGCAUAUGUCAAGAGGACCCGCAUAUAUACUCGCUGUGUAUGUACGCAGGACUCUGAUCUGAUCAGUUUGCGGAGUUGGAGCCUCAGCCCCCAGCCCCAGCCCCAGCCGGGUAUUGGCCGCGGCCGCUUAUAGAUGUUCCUGCAAAGCCAGCAGCCGGCUCCCACCUACCCAAGGAGAGAAGAUCGCUCCAAGACAGUGAAAACUCCCCUGCUAUCUCAGUGCAAAGUCCAUUCAGCGACCUCACAGGAGUAACCGGGUCUUUUUGCGCUUGUUUUGCUCUAUUUUUUCUCCAUUCACGUCCCCAUCCCCGCUACACUUUUGACUGGGGUCUUUUGUUUCCCGGAUCCUCCGCCUCUCCCCCUGGCCCUUCCAUGGCUCCCUUAGCCGAAGUCGGAGGCUUCCUUGGCGGCCUGGAGGGCUUGGGCCAGCAGGUGGGCUCGCACUUCCUGCUGCCUCCUGCCGGGGAGCGACCGCCUCUGCUGGGCGAGCGCCGGGGCGCGGUGGAGCGGGGCGCCCGCGGCGGGCCUGGGGCUGCGGAGCUGGCGCACCUGCACGGCAUCCUGCGCCGCCGGCAGCUGUACUGCCGCACGGGCUUCCACCUGCAGAUCUUGCCCGACGGCAGCGUGCAGGGCACCCGGCAGGACCACAGCCUCUUCGGUAUCCUGGAAUUCAUCAGUGUGGCAGUGGGGCUGGUCAGUAUUAGAGGUGUGGACAGUGGUCUUUACCUUGGAAUGAAUGACAAAGGAGAACUCUAUGGCUCAGAGAAAUUGACUUCUGAAUGCAUCUUUAGAGAGCAAUUUGAAGAGAACUGGUAUAAUACCUAUUCAUCCAACAUAUAUAAACAUGGAGACACUGGCCGUAGGUAUUUUGUGGCACUUAACAAAGACGGAACUCCAAGAGAUGGUGCCAGGUCCAAAAGACAUCAGAAAUUUACACAUUUCCUGCCUAGACCAGUGGAUCCAGAAAGAGUUCCUGAAUUGUACAAGGACAUACUGAUGUACAGUUAAAGGAUGACAGUGUCUUCA